AUGCGAUACGACGGAUCGUCGCAAUCGAUACUCGUUAGCGGUGAAUCCGGUGCCGGUAAGACAGAGACAACGAAAUUCCUUCUCCAAUAUUUUGCGGCGAUGGGUAAUCUUAUCAAGAGUGAUGCUGCUCCUAGCGGGGGACCUUCACUCACCUCCUCUGGUUCCGCCAUCAACUCGGCGGCAUCGCCACUUUCACCGACCUCUAGAAAACCGGCUUCUGAAAAAUCAGUGGAAGAGCGUGUCUUGGAGAGUACUCCAUUAUUAGAGGCAUUUGGUAAUGCCAAAACACUUAGAAAUGAUAAUUCUUCACGUUUUGGUAAAUUUAUAGAGAUACAUUUCAAUGAUAGUGGAUCUAUUAUUGGUGCCAAGAUUCUGACUUAUCUACUUGAGAAAUCAAGAAUUGUCAGACAAGUUAGAAAUGAAAGAAACUAUCAUAUAUUUUAUCAAUUGAUUGCAGGUGCAAAUUCAGAUUUAAGAGAUAGAUUAUAUUUACAGAAUGCUCAAAACUAUUAUUAUUUGAAUCAGAGCGAUUGUUUUGAAGUGGACGGUGUCGAUGAUGACGAUACUUUCCAGAGGACUUGUCAUGCGAUGUCGGUGGCCGGCAUCAGUACUCAGGACCAGGAGUUUGUAUUCCGCAUUCUCAGUACUGUGCUAUGGCUUGGAAAUAUAGAGUUUGCAGAUCAGGGCGAUGAGAAUGCAGCUGUUGUCGAUGAAGACCCGCUCGAAAAGGCAGCGGCAUUGAUUGGCUGUCCAAAGGACGAUCUCGCCAAGACUUUUCUUACGAGGAAGGUGGUGACUGGCAAAGAGUCGUUCGUCACCAACAACACAAAGGAGCGUGCAGAGAACGCUCGUGAUUCACUGGCGAUGCUACUGUACGGGCUGAUGUUUGAUUGGCUCGUCGUCAAGAUCAAUGCAUCGAUGUCGAUCCAGCAGAAAUCCAAGUCGUUCAUUGGUAUUCUCGAUAUCUAUGGUUUCGAGUCGUUCGAGGUCAAUGGAUUCGAACAGUUCUGUAUCAACUAUGCCAACGAGAAGUUGCAACAGGUUUUCAAUCAACACGUCUUCAAGGAGGAGCAACAAGAGUACAUAAAGGAGAAGAUCGACUGGUCGUACAUCGAUUUCAACGACAAUCAAGACACGCUCGAUCUCAUUGAGAAGCGACCGAUGUGUAUCUUGUCGCUGUUGGACGAGGAGUCGAUGUUUCCCAAGGCGACGCCACAGACGUUUGCCACGAAGCUGUAUGGCAAGCUGACGUCACACAGCAAAUUUGAGAAGCCACGUUUCUCAUCGACUGCAUUCACUAUCAAUCAUUAUGCCGGUAAGGUAACGUAUGAAACCGAUCAAUUCCUCGAUAAGAACAAGGAUUUCAUUAUUCCCGAGCAGAUCAUCUUGCUCCAGAAAGCAUCGUUUGGCUUCAUCAAGACACUUCUCGGUGGAAACGAGAGACUCGGUUACUCGGCGGCUUCAUCGAAUCCAACGCCAUCGAAUAAACCAUCUUCCAACUCGGGCUCGUCCAGUAUGAAGUUCUCUUCGGUUGGCUCACAGUUUAGUUCGUCGCUGGCGACACUCAUGAAGACAAUCGGAACGACCACUCCUCAUUAUGUUCGUUGUAUCAAACCGAAUCCCGACAAGUUGCCUCAGACCUUUAACAAGCACGACGUCAUCCACCAACUGCGAUGCGGUGGUGUAAUGGAGUCUGUUAGAAUCUGUUGCGCUGGAUUCCCAACUCGUCGACCACUCGCCGAGUUCUACAGUCGUUACAAACUACUCUAUCCAAAGUCACAGGGAAAGAAGGGAAGCAAGGACGUCAAGAUUCAGGUGACUGCGUUGUUCGAGGGAAUCAAGCUGUCGGAGGAUAAAUUCAAGAUUGGAAUUACCAAGGUGUUCUUGAGAGCUGGUCAGUUGGCGGCACUGGAGAAUAUGAGACUGACAAAGUUGAGUCACAGUGCAACGGUGAUUCAGUCGUGUUGGCGUAGACACUACUACGAGAAGAAGUACCGACAGUUGAAGAGUGCAGCUCUGAUAAUUCAGACAAAGAUAAGACAACAGACUGCCAAGAACAAGUUGACGUCGCUGCGUAGAAUCCACGCUGCAACUCUGAUACAAAAGAUAUAUAGAGGUUGGAAGUGUAGAAGUACCUACCAGAAGAAGAGACAGGCAGCCAUUGUACUACAGAACACUAUGAGACGAAAGGUUGCACGUGAAACACUGCAAGUCGAGAUGUACGAGAAUGCCGCUCUACAGUUGCAGACUGUGAUGAGAUCGCUGGCAGCAAAGAAACUGUUGAAGUCGAAACUGCGUGGAAUCGUAUUGAUUCAAGCCAUGUGGAGAGGUAAACUGGCAAGAAGAGUGUACCGCGAGUUGCGAGCAGAAGCUAGAUCGUUGAGAUCCGUUCAGAACGAGAAGAACAAGUUACAGGAGAAACUCGAAGAGAUUCAAUGGAGAUUGACUGCAGAACAACGUGGAAAACAACAUGCCGAAGAAGCAAAAAUCAAGUUGGAGUCGCGUGUCGAUGAACUCAGUCAAUCCAAAGACAGAUUGGAAAUGCAAGUUUCCGAGUUGGAAUCAAAGGUUUCCAGUGCCAUGGAGUCUGGAAAAGCAGUGGAGGAAGAGCGAAAUCAAUAUGUCGCAAAGCUCGAGGAUACUGAGAAACAGUUGGCCGAGGUGACCAGCGAGAAGAAGCGUAUCGACAAAGAGAAGCAAGAUUGGCAUGAGUUGGCAGAGACCAAGAAGAAAGAGUGUGAGAGUUUGGAACACGAUUUGAAGGUUGCCAGUGAGAGCAAUGUGCUGUUGAAACGUGAGAAUGAAGUCUACAAAACAGAGGUCGUUGAGAAGAUGAAACAAUUGGAGUUGCAACUCGUUGACAAGUCAAAGGAGUUGGAUUUGUACUCGCAGGAGUUGACAUCGACCAAGAAGAAGUUGGAUCGUCUCGAAGAGGAGAAUCAUACCAUCAACAGUCUGAAGGAUACUCUUCAGGGAUCGUUUGACCAUCUGGUGGAGGAGAAUGGCGAGCUCAAGGAAAAGUUGGCCAAACAAAUCGAACAAUCCAACGAUAUAGAUGGACAAAAGAAUGGACUACAAGAGCAGCUAUCCAAACUUCAAAAGGAUCACGACAAUCUUGUGAAACAAUUGGAUGAGUUGACCAAGAAGAAUCAAGCAGAUGGCCAACAAUGGAAAUCGACAGAAGAAUCAUUGAAAGCACAAAUCAAUAGUUUGGUCAAUGUAGGUGAUGAUUUAAGAACAAAGUUGAGCAGCAAGGAAUCGCAGUUCAAUGAACUCUCAGAGAAAUUCAAGAAAGCAAAGAAUAAGUUGGAGACAACACAGGAGGAGAAGAAGAACGCUAGCAACGAUAUCGAUAAGUUCAAAUCGAUGAAGCAGACAUUGGAGGAAGAGAAAUCUCAGUUGAAUCAACAACUCUCUAUGGUGAGAACCGAGAAGGAACAAGUUCAAUCGACCAAUCAUUCACUCAAAGAGAAGCUCUCGUCAACAAAGAACAACUUGGAAUCAUCGCAAUUCGAAUGCAACAGAAUCAAGAAUGAACUGUCGACAAAGGAUGACCAGAUCAAUCGUAUGAAUAUCGAGUUGCAAGAACUGAGAAGUCAGACAUCGAAGCAAUCGAAAGAACUCAUUGAAUUGUCAUCCACAUUGCAAAUCGAGAAGAACAAGAACGACUUGUCCUCGUCAUCCUCUGAGAAGACAAUCGAUAACUUAAAGUUAGAGUCAGAACGACUUCAACAACAGUUGAAACAAACUGAAAGAGAUCUUUCCAAUUCCAAGGACUCCGUUGCCAGAUUGGAGUCGGAGAUUAAACAGCUCAAUUCGCUUAAGGAACGAUUCGAAAGUGAGUUCUUUGUUGCCAAGGAAAAGAGUUCGACCAACGCACAGGAGUCGUUUCAGUCCAAUUCGAAUCAAAGUCUGUCAGAGUCGGAAUCCGAGAGAAAGAAACUCAAGGAAAAGAGCUCCAAGACCAAACAACAAUACCAAGAGUUGCGUGAACAGAAUGUAAAGAUCGAGACAGAGUUGACAAUGACCAAGAGCAAGAUGGAAUGGGUUGAAACCUCCUACAAUGAUUUGAAGCAGAGAAACUUGGAGCUCUCUGAAAUGUAUCAGAUGGCCAAGUCCAAGACUACAGACACUCAGAAGGAGUUGGAGAGUGUUGUUCACAACAAAGAUGCAGAGAUCGCCACAUUGAAUAAUCAGAUCUCACAAUUCAAGGAGACACACUCGAAUGAAGCAGGUCGUCAGAAACUACAGAAUCUAGAGUUGGAAGAAACCGUCAAGUCUGUUCAAGAAGAGAAUUCCAGACUGAGAAGUGAGUUGUCUGAGUUGGAGUCAAGUAACUUGGCAACGAGACAAGAGAAUGACAAGCUCAAGCAAAUGGCAUUCGAAGAGAAGAAAUCACGUAGACAAUCGAUUGAGAUUCAGCAGCACCUCGAAGAUACAAAGACAUCGCAACUCAACGAGAUUCAAAUGUUGAAGAAACAAGUCGAAGAGAUGAAGUCGCAGCAGGCCCAACAUUCAGAGUGGAAAGUGGAAAAAGAUCGUUUGUCCAAGCAAAUCGAACAGUUGGCUCGUGAGAAGCAACAGUUGGACAUGACAAAGACACAAGCAAUGACUAGAUACAAUGAGUUGGCACUUAGAAUCAAGUCCUUCAAACACAUCGAGGAAUUGAUCGAUUACAAAGAGAACGACUGGGAGAAGCUGGCAAGAAUGGCUGGAAAUCAGGAACUCCAAACAAAGAUGCUCACCGAUUUCCUACUCACUUGCAAACUCGAACACCCAACUCUUGCCGGUCAAAUGUGGUUCCAUCAAAUCAGUUAUUGGCGUGCAUUCCAAAUUGAUAAAUCAUAUAUUUUCAAAGGAAUUAUCAAAUCUACUUUAUCAUUUACCAAAAAUAAUAUUGAUGAUCAAGAUUUAAUGAGUUAUUUAUUGGCUUGUUCUUCAUUGCUGGUAUAUGUUUUCCAAAAGAGAUUACCGGUUGGAACUAAAUCGAUUCAGCCAACCAUUCCAACUCAUAAUGAAUUGGAGGAACUGGAGAAUGCUAUCGAUUCCGAAGUCAGUAUGAUAACCUCUAAUCAAUUCAUGAUCCAUAUGCAACAGACCAUUGGAAGAUCCUACGGUUCGCUGUACAGUAUGGUUAUUGCCAAAUUGAAACCGCUGUUAGAAGCAUCUAUCUUGAAUGAAAACUUUAACAAGAAACCAACUGCUACCACCUCUGGAACACCGUUGGCACCUAUCGAGACAGUCACCAGCUACCUCAACACCAUAAUCAAUGUAUUCCAAUUUAGAAUGAUCCAUUUCAGUUUGUCACAAGAGUUUUUCAACCAGAUAUUCGUUUGGAUUGCACAUUUCCUCGUGAAUGCAUUCAUGUUGCGUCUGGUAUUUUGUAACGAUGUAUUUGCCAGCCAUACCAAAACCAAGAUCGAUGCACUCCUACGUUGGACCAGUGAAGGUCACGUUUGGAUUAGUCCAACCGUCGAAGAGACUUUUAUCACCAUCAAAGAAGUAAUUGCUGUUAUAACCUACAAGGACAAAGAGAAGUUUGCCGACGAGAAACUCCGUAAGCUAGUAUGUCCAAAUCUAUCGGUUUACCAACUGAAACAAAUCUUGGCAAUGUACCAACCUGGUGACUUUGGAAAACGUGUCAGUGCCAAAACAAUUGGAGCUAUCUGUCCACCAAACAAACCAACUGGAUCCUAUCUUGUAGAGAGUACAAUGCGGCCAAUACCAAUCACAUCGCUCCACUAUUUCGAAGAUCAAGAUUUCAAGGACGGAUCAAUUUCUGGUUCCAUUAAAUUCCCAAUAGAGAGUGAAAUUAAGAAUAUUUCAUUGACAAUUCAACAGCAACAAAGUCAGGAAUAA